GAAUGUUUUUUUUUGUUCUUUGCAGCUCGAGGUGUAAAGAUGAAGGCCAUGCAGGUGAUUUCCUUGACUCUGCUGUGUGUUAUGGCAGCCAGUGCUCAGAUGCUGAGGUUUGGAAAAUGCCCCAAACCCCCUGUGCAGGCCAACUUUGAUUCCAGCAGGUACGUUGGUAAGUGGUAUGAGAUCAUGAAGCUGCCAACACAGUUCCAGAAAGGCGAGUGCGGCACUGCCACCUACAGCCCAAAGAGUCCAGGAGUCAUCGGAGUCCUCAACAGGGAGCUGCUUAAGGAUGGAAGCAUUAAUUUCAUCGUCGGCUCUGCCAAGGUCAAGCAUCCCUCUGAGCCUGCCAAGCUGGAGGUCUCCUUCACUGACAUUCCUUCUCCCCCUGGCCCCUACUGGGUGCUGUCCUCCGACUACGAGACCCACUCCCUGGUCUACGGCUGCUCAGACUUCGGUCUGUUCCGCUUGGAGUUUGCUUGGAUCCUGAGCAGAGAGCCCACCAUGUCUGAGGAGACCCUGCAAAGUAUGCAGAGCAUCCUGUCAGCUGCCGGUGUCAACCCUGAGAAGAUGGUCGCCACCAACCAGGACGAGACUUACUGCGCCCCCAUGAACCAGUAACCCGAGAUACUCCUGUUUCAACCUACAGGACUGUGAGACAGACAUGAUCGCCCUGUUAAAUAUGUCAUGCAAAGUCAGUGCAAUAAACCUGUAAGAAAAA